UGUUACGUAGCAUUUAUCAACAGACGUCGUUAAUCUGUGCCGCGCGUGACAUGCGCCGGCGCAUGGGACAAUAAAUAAUUCAUAUUUAUAAAUGAAAAAAUAUUUAUGAAAUAAAUUAUAACGAAUAAUUUAUAUAGUUAUAAGUAAUUCAUUAUAGUGUUAAAGUGCUAAAAUGUUGCGUCUGUGCGGCCGUGCUGUAGAAAAAGUUGGGCAAAAAAGGUGGUAUACUGUAGUCGGAUGGGACAAACUGCCUUUGGUUGGAGCGGUUUCUGCACAAGAUGGUCUUAACGUUGACAAGAGGAACUUAGCAAGUGCAGAACGCAAGCAAAGAACAUUCACAGACAGAUCCCAGCUCAAAUACGCCAGAAGACUGGUGGUGAAGCUCGGCAGUGCAGUCAUAACUAGAGAAGACGGCAAUGGACUUGCUUUGGGAAGACUUGCAUCGAUUAUAGAACAGGUAGCGGAAUGUCACCACGAAGGUCGGGAAUGCAUCAUGGUGACCAGCGGCGCUGUCGCCUUCGGACGGCAGAAGCUGACGCAGGAGUUACUCAUGUCACUCUCCAUGAGGGAGACGUUGUCACCCAGCGAUCACACCAGGGAGGAUGCUGGCAGUAUCUUAGACCCUCGCGCGGCGGCUGCGGUGGGCCAGUCGGAGCUCAUGUCCAUGUACGAUGCCAUGUUCUCGCAGUACAACGUGAAGAUCGCGCAGGUGCUAGUAACCAAACCAGACUUCUACAAUGAAGAGACAAGGAAGAAUUUGUUCUGCACACUAUCUGAACUGAUCUCGUUGAACAUAGUGCCCAUAGUGAAUACGAAUGACGCUGUCAGCCCGCCUAUGUACAUCCAUGAUGAUACCGUUGUGCCUGGUACUGGGAAGAAGGGCAUCGGAAUAAAAGACAACGACAGUCUAUCAGCGCUGCUGGCUGCGGAGAUCCAGUCGGACCUGCUAAUCAUGAUGUCAGACGUGGACGGUAUAUACAACAAGCCGCCAUGGGAAGACGGAGCGAGGAUGAUGCACACCUACACGUCAAAGGAAAGGGAUCAAGUGCAGUUCGGACAGAAAUCGAAGGUUGGUACUGGUGGCAUGGACUCAAAAGUUAACGCAGCUACAUGGGCUAUGGCGAGAGGCGUCAGCGUUGUUAUAUGCAACGGAAUGCAAGAGAAGGCCAUCAAGACCAUUAUAAGUGGAAGAAAAGUUGGUACUUUCUUCACUGAUUACGCUACCAACUCUUCAACCUCUGUCGAUGUUUUGGCUGAAAAUGCGCGCACCGGCAGCCGAGUGUUACAGCAAUUGACACCAUCAGAACGGGCAUCUGCUAUACACUCGUUAGCCGAUUUACUUAUUAACAAGCAAGACCAAAUACUAGAAGCAAAUAACAAAGACUUGGAGGAAGCAACUAAAAAUGGAGUCGCCAAACCGCUGCUGAACCGACUCUCACUAAGUCAAGGGAAACUGAAGACUUUAUCUAUAGGUUUAAAGCAAAUUGCCGAUUCCAGUUAUGAAAAUGUAGGCAGAGUACUUAGAAAAACGAAGUUGGCCGAAAAUUUAAUGCUUAGACAAGUAACCGUUCCUAUUGGAGUUCUUUUAGUAAUAUUCGAAUCAAGACCUGAUUCUCUUCCUCAAGUAGCAGCCCUGGCUAUGGCGUCAGCCAACGGACUCCUACUGAAAGGUGGAAAAGAAGCUGCGUACUCAAACAAAGCACUUAUGGGAUUAGUUAAAGAAUCUCUACAAUCGGUAGGGGCUGAAGAUGCGAUUUCUUUAGUUUCGACUCGUGAAGAAAUUAGCGAUUUACUAGCAAUGGAGAAACACAUAGAUUUGAUUAUUCCUAGAGGUUCGUCGGACCUUGUUAGGAGUAUUCAAAAGCAAUCGCAGCACAUUCCAGUUCUUGGUCACGCUGAAGGAAUCUGCCACGUGUAUUUAGAUAAAGAUGCGGACGUAGCGAAAGCGCUGAAGAUCGUUCGUGAUUCGAAAUGUGAUUACCCAGCAGCGUGCAAUGCUAUGGAAACUUUACUUAUCCACGAAGAUCAUAUGUCUGGGUCUCUAUUCAAUGACAUUUGCAAUAUGCUCAAACAAGAAGGUGUAAAGAUCCACGCAGGUCCGAAGUUGGCUACUCAAUUGACGUUCGGCCCGCCUCCAGCAAGAACCAUGCGUCAUGAAUACGGUGCUCUGGAAUGUUGUAUCGAAGUGGUGAAGGAUCUGGAUGAAGCUGUACACCACAUUCAUCAGUUCGGCAGUUCCCAUACUGAUGUCAUUGUUACUGAAAAUGAUGGUACAGCGCGGCGAUUCCUCUCAGCUGUCGACAGCGCUUGUGUCUUCCACAAUGUCUCCUCUCGUUUCGCCGAUGGCUUCAGGUUCGGCCUUGGCGCUGAAGUUGGUAUAUCUACCGCCAGGAUCCAUGCUAGAGGACCAGUAGGUGUCGAAGGCCUCCUAACAACGAAAUGGAUACUCGAAGGCACAGACCACACAGCCGCUGAGUUCAAUGAAGGCAAAAGGAGUUGGUUACACGAAAAAGUGCCCGUGGAAUGACUAGCUAAACCAAAACUAACUAUUUGGCAUAAAAUUAGGCGAUUCUUUCGUGCCAUUUAGAAAGUAAAACAUAUAAUAUUUAAAACGCUUAAACACUAUAUCAUUUUCAAAGAAGGAAAGUCUACAGAAAAAGAAUCUACCUAAUUUUCAACUAUCUCUUUUAUUAUUAGUGUUAUUAACUGAUCCUGACACAGGGAUUAUAUUAAAAAAAAAAAAUAAUAAUAUCUAGUUUUUUUACUCUGAGCUGAUUUAAGUAACCGCUCGCACAGUAUUUUCUACUGCUUAUUCUGAUUUAUAAGUUACACAUCCCAUUACCAUAUUUUACCAUAAUGUAAUAGCAUUUCUUUCAAGUUGAAACUUUAUUAAAGAUUAAAGAAUAUUGAAUCAAGAUGAAUUUCAUAAGGAAUUUAUUUAUACAGUAUGCGGAUAGUGUUUAAUAAUGGAUAAUCCAUAUGGAUUUUGAUUCUUAUAUUGAACCACACAACUUGGGACCGUAGAAAUAUUUGUAAAUAAGUUUCACACUGAAGUGCGACGUCAGUUGAGAUGCUGUCAAGUUAAGGUCAGCAUCUUAAACUAGUAGUUAUUUUUAACCUAUAAUAGCAUCAGCAUAAAUGAGUAAGUCACAAUAUGUCAGGGAUUUUUACAGUUGAGUUUUGUAUAUUUAACAGCGCCGACUCAGCUGAGAACAAGCUCUUAAAUAACAGCUUAAGAUUGGUUUAUUAAAUAGUUCAAUAUAUUAAAUAUCUACUUGAGAUUUUACUCAAAGGUGAAAUUGAUUUAAAUAUUUACUUGAAUUUUGUUCUGAGUUGAGAUUACCUUAUAAAAUACGGCCCUUAAAGUUGAUGUCUCAAGUCAAUCCCUUGGUUAAUACAAAUUGCCUUGCAUUCUACACUGUAAGUAAAGUGCUGUAACUAUGUGAAAAUGUUUAUGUGGUUUACACUUUGUUAAUUAAUAUGAUAAAUAGACAAUGUAAUAUUA